CCAGAAUAUGUAGUCUGCAACAGGCCCAGGCGCGUUCCCUUGGUCGAGGUGUCUCUGGGAGCGUCUCUGGCCGCGUCGUGUCUUCCCGCGCUGCUAACAAUACAUUCGAGAGCAUGUGGUCGCUGUCAAAGCAUGUCAUCGGGGUCACCCUUUGCGUCUCCCAACAGUCUACAGUCGCUUUCCAUGGUUCAAGCACUUGCUUCUGCGGAGGCCUGCACCUGACUCAUCGUAGCAGCUGUCAUCGGCAGCUCUACUGGCCGCACUCAAGAGUUGCGAGCAGUCGCACCCAUAGUGAAACAUCAGUCCAGUACGCAUCAGAUCAAGUCACGCAGGUUUCCAACCAAUCUUCAACGCUACGAGGCGAUGCUUACGGCAACCUUGACGAUCCCUGCAAAUUCAUAGAUUACCGGUCAUCAACAUCACAUUGAACUGAAGUUCACUCGUUAAUUGGGAGUCAUGGUCAAGGCACCGUACCGCUGUUAGCAGUCAGGACAGGUCGUUGCUUGUCGUUCUUGUCGG